AAUAAGCUUGAGCUGUUAGGCCAUAAGACUUCUAAGCGUGUUUCUUUUUGCACAUUGUUUCUGUGGCUCAAACUACUGCAGGCUGAAAGUGUAGAUAAAACGGUUGCAGACGAACUAAUCCACAAGCUGGACCUAGCGGAGAAAGCACUGGCUGCUAAGCAGACACAAAUAGAUGAAAUGAAGCAAACCAUCGCCAAGCAGGAAGAAGAAAUUGAGACCGUGGGUGUCCUCCGAGCUCAGAUGGAAGUGUACUGCUCUGAUUUCCAUGCCGAAAGAGCCGCACGAGAGAAAAUUCACGAGGAAAAGGAGCAGUUAGCUGUGCAGUUGACAUACUUGCUAACAGAGAAGCAGCAACAUGAAGGUCUCAGCAGGUAA